AUGAAUACCUCAAAGACUUUUGCUUCUAUCCUUGUUCUUUUCUUCGCUUUCAUCUCUUCAGCGAAUGCUCAUUUUAGGUUCUUUACCCCUCCAAAUAGAGGGUCUGGAGGUGACUUGUAUGCCCAAUUUCCUUGUGGAGGUUUUAAUGAGAUAAACCUUACUUCCAUAACCGAAUUUCCUAUAAAUGGUGUGGUUACUGGCAGGUUUGGAGAUCCUGCUACUGGUACAAUUAUUUACAGCUACGCACCCACUUCUAGUGGUACUUUCGUGCCUGUUUCAGAAAACAUCACGAUCGAAUAUACCGAUGCUUUCGCUUAUCCGCAGUAUCUUAAUACAACACUUGAUCUCACCAAGGCUAGUGCCAAAGUUGGUGAUCAAGGUGUGCUUCAAGCGUUUUUACAGUCAGCCACCCUGACUCAAUAUCAAUGCGCAGAUAUCAAGAUUUCGGACAAACCUCAAUAUUUGAAAUUUGUUUCGGAUGGUCCAAAAGGAGAAAAUGACGUGAUUCGUGCAAUAACGUGUUUGACGACAUCAAAACAAAAACGGUUGAGAAAUCAAAUUCAAAGUGUUGAGAUAAAAUCCAUCCUCUCGUGUAUGACAUAUUUAAUCUUUUAA